AUGAUGGACUCUGUGUUAUUUGAAGAGACUCCAAUUGUGAAGUCUGUUCCACUGUAUGAUGGUGUGACAUGUUUUAGUAUACUCAUCAAUUUUAUUGUCGGAACCGGUGUAUUUGGUCUUCCACAUGCCUUUCGCUCGAGUGGGAUAUUACUCGCCAUUUUGAUGUCAAUAACUUUUUUUGCUCUCUGUAGUGUGACUGCAUUUUGGAUGUUAGAGUCAUUAGCCCGGACGUGUGGACUGAAUUCCCUAACAUCUGAAGGCCGUCCGAUCACGCAGAUAACAACAGUGCCAUCGUCUGUGACAAAGAUGGGCUAUACAUACUUUGGGCCGAUGGGUAAGCGUUUUGUGAUCACUGUUUUGUCUUUCUUUUGUGUUGGUGCGUUAUGGAUGUACUCUUCGAUCUUUUCCUCUACAACAACGUUAUUAGCGUGGAAGUACAUCUUUCCCGCGUAUGGCACAUGUUCUGCUAAUAUAGGCGAAUGGGCUUGGUUCGAUAGAUGUCAUGUCACUUACUUAGGGUUCCUUGUCAUUUUCUCGAUACUAGUCCUUCCAAUGUCUUUCAUGGAAAUUGCAGAGCAGGCCUUUGUCCAGAAGUUUUUAACUCUCUACCGUUUUGCGGCGAUCUUCUUGAUGGUGUUUACUUCAUUCAUUAGUCUUCUCUCGCGAACGCCAACUCGAAGUGAUGAAGAGAUCAUCGACCCUAACACACUCUUCAACAUCUCCGGCUUCGGAACGGCUUUUUCUAUCAUUUCAGUCUCCUUGGCGUGUCACCACAACAUCCCUGAAAUCGUCGCACCUCUCAGAGAUAAGAGGCAACUAAAGAAGAUCAUAUUUAUAACACUCUUGACAGCAACAUCUGUAUAUACAGUCUUGGGAUUAAUAUGUUCUCUAUGCUUCGGAAAAAAGACGGUGUCCCCCAUCACAAGUAAUUGGUUGGAGUACACCGGCUGUGACGGCGGGUUUGGUAUCUGUCCAGACCACAAAAUUCGGUGGUAUGGAUACUUAAUACAAUUCAUCGUGUUGAUGUUCCCCCUUGUCAACUUGACGUCGGAGUAUCCUUUAGUCUCCGCAACGUUAGCUUCAAACAUCUCACAACUGAACUCUGAUAACACCCACCCAAACAAAGUCAGCUUCUCCGCAAAGUGUCUUGCGGCGUUUCCUCCACUUGUGUUAGCCUGUAUAAAAGCAGAUUUAUCAAAGAUCUUUGGACUCACUGGAAUAUUUGGUUUUGUCCUCAUCUUAAUCCUCCCAGCAAUGUUUCAGAUAUUCUCUAAGAAGACGUAUAGAACACAAUUCGGAAGACACACAUCGCAGACACUAUUCUCAGGAGUUUAUAGCUCAACGCGACUCGCGUGGUGUGUCCUCAUUGUUUCUAUUGUCUUAUUUGCGUUCUCCGUCGUACAAAAUCUCGAUGCUAUUUUCGAUAUAAAUUGGUUAAAUUGA